UCGCCUCCCAUGUGGCGCGCCACACUCAAUUAUAGAUGCCUCCCCGACGGUGCCAACUGUAACAUUGCUGUCGGAACGACCAGCCCCUUCCUCACUCCAUUUCCUCCCACUUUCCUCUUCCCCAGAACAGCAAAAAACUCCGCCACUCAAGCCACAAUUAUUCCAAUCUCGUUUCGUAUUUUAAUGCCCGCACCCCGUUUGACAAAAGCUCCAUCACGUUAAAGUGGUGGCCUUCCUUCCGUCCACAUUGCCAUUGCCACACUGGGCCUGAACUAGUGAGGGAGAGAGAGAGAGAGAGAGAGGAGGAGCAGCUUGUCGACCGACACGACGCCUGCCUGCCCAAGAUGCACGCCAAGACGGAUUCCGAGGUGACCAGCAUCGCCCCAUCGUCCCCAACCCGGUCCCCGCGCCGCCCCGUCUACUACGUCCAGAGCCCCUCCCGCGACUCCCACGACGGCGAGAAGACCACCACGUCCUUCCACUCCACCCCGGCCCUCAGCCCCACCGCAUCCCCGCCCCACUCCCACUCCUCCGUCGGCCGCCACUCCCGCCAGUCCUCCUCCAGCCGCUUCUCCGGCUCCCUCAAGCCCGGAUCCCGCAAGAUCUCCCCCAACGAUGGCUCCCGCGGCGGCGGCCGGAAGGGCGGCGGCGGCGGCCGGAAGGAGUGCGCCGUCAUCGAGGAGGAGGGGCUCCUCGAGGAGGAGGACCGCGCGCGGGGCCUGCCCCGCCGGUGCUACUACCUCGCCUUCGUGCUCGGGUUCUUCAUCCUCUUCUCCUUCUUCUCCCUCAUCCUCUGGGGGGCCAGCAAGAACCAGAAGCCCAGGAUCACCAUGAGGAGCAUCACCUUCGAGCAAUUCAAGAUCCAGGCCGGAUCGGACGGCACCGGAGUCGCGACGGACAUGAUCACCGUGAACUCCACGGUCAAGUUCACUUACCGCAACACCGGCACGUUCUUCGGCGUCCACGUCACCGCGACGCCCGUCGAUCUCUCCUACACUCAGCUCACCAUCGCCUCCGGAACACUGAAGAAGUUCUACCAGGGGAGGAAGAGCCAGAGGGUGGCGUCGGUGUCGGUGAUCAGCGACCAGAUCCCGCUGUACGGGAGCGGAUCUGGGCUGAGCACCUCGUCGGACAAGCCGACCUCGCCGGUGCCCCUCACCCUGAGCUUCGUGGUCCGAUCCAAGGCGUACGUCCUGGGGAAGCUGGUCAAGCCCAAAUUCUCCAAGAAGAUCGAUUGCUCCGUCACCUUCGAUCCGAACAAGCUCAACGUGGCGAUCUCGCUGGCCAAGGCUUGCACGUACAGCUGAACGAAGGUAGAAAAUCGCGAAGGAAGAAAGUCGCCCCUUUUUCUUUUUUCUUUUUUUCCUUUUUUUUUUUCUUUUGGGCGGUCGAUUACAGCUAAGCGGGCAGGUCAAAGGGUAGUUCGGGCAGGGAAUAGGUGACGCGCCUUUGGACUUUUUGGCUGCCCGACGUGCGCCGCGAGUGGGGGGAGAGCAAAAGACGCGAUUCGUUUCGGUGGAGGUGUGUGACCUGGUGACCGGGGGCGGCGGUUUCACUGUUCCUUUAAUAUUUUUGUCUAUUCUUUUUUUAUUCUACAAUAUGGUGAUGAUGAAUAAUUUUUAAAUUUAAAGAAUAUGGGACAAGUGUAACUACUACAUUCAGUACAUUGUUUAGUGGAAACAUCGUUGUCUUAUUGCUUUAAAAAAUAUGUCGUCACCGGUUCGUGCCAUGUACAGACGUGAAGUCAGAUGGAAUUGUUUAUUUGUUUGUCAUAAGAGAAUUUCCUCAGUUUGGUUUUUGCC